AUGACUUUAGGGUGUGGAGGAUUAGCUGUAUGUGAUGGCAGUGUUUUUGAACAGGAUAACAGCAGUUUUGAGGGGUGGUGGGGGAAAGACCUGCAGAACAGCCAGAAUCUUUCUGACAGUAAUUCCUUGAUUGAAGUACAUAUCAGAGAAAGUGCAACAUUGACCAGAGAUGUACUUGAGCAACAUUUUAACGAUUUGAAAGGGACCCUGAAGAAGCUGUUGGAUGAACGACUGCUGUCACUGCUGCAGGAAGUGGAUGCAAUAGAACAAGAGAGCAUCAAACCCCUGGAUGAAUGCCAGAAGCUCAUAGAGCACGGAGUCAGCACGGCUGAUGAUCUGCUCCGGGAAGGAGAGAGUGCUGUCCAUGGAGAUGUGGGACAACAGAAUGAGAAACUUUGCAGCUUUACAAAAAAAGCUUUACAUAUUCAGCUAGAUAGCUUACCAGAAGUGCCCUCCUUGGUUGACGUGCCUUGUUUAUCUGCCCAGCUGGAUGACUGCCUUCUUACUAUAUUGAAAAAUCAAAUAUUCAGACAUGGAACUGUGGCAUCUCGCCCACCUGUACAGCUGGAGGAAUUUGUCGAGAAGCCUGGUGGGAUUUUGGUCCGAUGGUGUAAGGUGGAUGAUGACUUCGUAGCACAAGAUUACAGGCUGCAGUAUCGCAAGAGUAAUGCCAGUCACUUUGAAGAUGUGUAUGUUGGCUCAGAGACAGAGUUCAUCGUGCUGCACAUUGAUCCUAACAUGGAUUACCAGUUCAGAGUCUGUGCCCGGGGAGAUGGACGGCAGGAGUGGAGCCCGUGGAGUGUUCCUCAGAUGGGCCGCACCACAUUGGUUCCCCACGAAUGGACAGCUGGUUUGGAGGGUUACAGCCUGAGCAGCCGAAGAAACAUAGCACUUCGGAACGACUCACAGUCCUGCGGUGUGCUCUACUCCAAAGCUCCUACUUACUUUUGUGGGCAAACAUUGACAUUCAGAAUUGAAACUGUGGGACAGCCAGACAGACGUGACAGCCUGGGAGUGUGUGUGGAGCAGCGGAACGGCUACGAUUCCUUGCAGAGGGAUAAAGCUGUUUGUGUCAGCACCAAUGGGGCAGUAUUUGUAAAUGGAAAAGAGAUGACAAACCAACUGCCUGCUGUUACUUCUGGAUCAACUGUGACGUUUGACAUGGAGGUUGUGCAGUUAGGGCCUUCCAGCAACGAGGGGGGAAGCUUCAAGAUCAGAGUAACCAUUAGCUCUAACAACAGAGAAGUGGUCUUUGACUGGGUACUUGAUCAAUGCUGUGUCUCUUUGUAUUUUGGAUGUUCAUUUUUAUACCCAGGCUGGAAAGUCUUAGUGUUUUAGCAGUAAGUGAAGGGAUUUUUGUUCUUGCUGUAAAGCAUAAUGUUAAAACCUGGGUUU